AUAUGCACCAAUCAUAUUGCUAGUAUCUUACAUCGUGAAUUAAGUUGCUUUCAAUUCCACAUAAAAAAGAACUCCUUUUUGCAAUUAUAUAGUGUUAAUAAAAAUAUACUUUACGUAGAAUUUUCCUUACACUAUGAGUAGCUCAGAAGAAGUAUCAUGGAUAGCCUGGUUUUGUGGCCUUCGUGGAAAUGAAUUUUUUUGUGAAGUUGAUGAAGAUUACAUUCAAGAUAGGUUCAAUUUAACAAGUCUAAAUGAGCAAGUGCCCCAUUACAGACAAGCUCUUGACAUGAUAUUGGAUCUUGAGCCAGAUGAUGAAUUUGAAGAUCAGACAAAAAGUGACCUAAUUGAACAAGCAGCUGAAAUGCUUUAUGGCCUGAUUCAUGCAAGAUACAUAUUAACCAAUCGUGGCAUUGCUCAAAUGCUAGAUAAAUGGCAAAAUCGUGAUUUUGGUCAUUGUCCAAGAGUAUACUGUGAAAAUCAACCAGUUAUGCCUAUUGGUUUAUCGGAUGUACCUGGCGAAGCUAUGGUAAAGUUAUAUUGUCCUAAAUGUAUGGACGUUUAUAAUCCUAAGUCAUCUCGUCAUCAUCAUACAGAUGGUGCAUAUUUUGGAACAGGAUUUCCUCACAUGCUCUUCAUGGUGCACCCUGAGUACCGACCAAAGAGGAGUCCAAAUCAAUUUGUUCCACGACUUUUUGGAUUUAAGAUUCAUCCAAUGUCAUAUCAAAUCCAAGCGCAGGCUGCUGCCAAUGCUCGAGGUAGAAGUCCUUCAGCUCGACAAAGACCAAUAAAAGCUAACCAUUAUAAAUGAAAAUUAGUAUGCAACUUGCGUUUUUAUGUAAAAACGAUAUUCGAUCUUUAUUGCGUAUUUAUGUAGAAAUAUUCAAUCUUUCGUGCUCGCAUAUUUUUGAGUUAUUUAUUUUUGAACUUGCACCUUGCGUCAUUUUUACAUUGAACAGCAAUGCGAUUUUAUUUCUAAUGAACUUUUGUAAAAAUUGCAAUAGUAUCGUGUAACCAUGUUGAUAUUAUUGUGUAACGUGUUGAUUUUUGUAAUGAAAAAUGUUGAUCGUUGUGAAA